AUGUACAUCCCAAAUUCUAUGUGGACGUGGUCUUUUUCCAUCGUCACUUUCGUCCAGACCGUCAUCACCCUUGCACUAGAAUGUUAUAUUUUCGCCAAUUUUCAAAUACAGCUUGACGAAAAGAUCGCCGCCGGUGUCAUCGCAUCCAAAACAAUCCCUAUCUUCCUAGCGUUGUAUAGCUUCGGGUUCCUCUACGAGCUGGUACUUGUCUACGAUGCUUUACGCAUGAAGAAUACGAUUCAGAUCAUUGGUUUAUGCAUAUGCAACGUCGGGCUGUUGAUUUACGGAGCCGUGCAGGUACAACAAGUUAAGGAGGCCAUUGGGGUUCUAACAGUGAAUCAUGCCAUCAACCCCAAGAUUUGGCGAGAAACAGAACCCUUCUUGAUCAUCAUCCCGUGCGUCGUGGCGAUGGGCACCAUUUUAAUGAUAAUUGUGGCAUGGAAGCUUUAUGACGAAUUUGCGUGGUCGAUCUAUAAGCACAUCAGUGCCGACCUUCGCAUGAAACGCCGAUAUCUCACAUAUCAGAUUUAUGUUACGCUUCUCAAGUUCGACUUCUUCUUUUUCCUUGGAUUUACAGUGCAGUUCCUCGUCAUUGUGACCAACAGGACCGACGUCGAGUUCCCUCUCACCAUCGCUGCGAUUCCAGUGACGAUCUUGAUUCUCGUAUGCGCAGCGAUCUUUGUUCGACGUGAGAGCUCACUCGGAAUGGUUAUGAUCAUUGUAUGUCCCGCCUCGAGUCCUUAUAUGCUCGUCGACUGCGUUGCUGACCAAGUUGACCAGCUGCUAUACUUCGCAGCGAUGGCGUACUUCCUCUUCAAGCUCGUACGUAUGUACCAGCCGGCGACCUAUGCGGAUUACUUGCCGGCUCGGCGAUCCCUUACAUUCUUUGCCAUCAUCACACUCGUUCUGAUCGUCAUGACCAUCGCCAAUGCUUGCAUGUGCAUGCACAGUUUCCAUAAGGGCUUGAAGCCCCAUAUCAACAAGAAGAAUUCCGCCAAAGAGGAGGAGAAGACCACCGAGUUGUCCACCAACGUUACUAGUGGAAUGCCCAAUCGGAUGAUGAUCGAUUGA